AUGGACGGAGUACCUCCGGCAAUUCCUUUGAUAGAACUACAGCAUUUAGAGGAUACGAUCGCGUUUCGUCAGCGUUCCUCCCACAUUAUCCAAGAAGUGUUAGCGGGCUCACAUUCUGAUGUUGACGUCGAGUCGAUAGAAAAGACUCCCUCGGGUCGUCACGAUACUGUGACUCUAUCGCCUACUGUUGAUCGCAUUAGACCGGUCCUUUACCAAGUAGUUUCAACAGGAUGGGGUUCCGGCGUUAUCCUCGAAGCUAAAAACUUGUUCACCAUAGGGUCUGAUCAUCGCGAUUUCCAUUGCAUAAUUCCCGAUCAGCAUGCCAUCAAUGUUGUUAGCUCGUAUAGGGGAUUUGAUAAAUCCAUCGGUUAA